AUGAACUUUGGGUUGGGGGGGAAGCGCUGGAAACUUUAUCCAAUUUUCCUACGGAAUUUUCUGCCAGACCAACAAAGUCCAAGAGCAACUCACUUACUAUAUUCUGAAUUUCCUUUUCGUUGUUAUCAAUACGAACCAUAUAUAUAUAUAUAUUGCUUGUCUUUGCAAUUUGCUUUUAGAUGUGUGAAUAAGAAGUCUAGCAAUCAGUAUAAGGCAACAAUUGGAGCCGAUUUCUUGACAAAGGAAGUGCAGUUUGAGGAUAGGCUAUUCACUUUACAGAUCUGGGAUACUGCUGGCCAGGAAAGAUUCCAGAGCCUAGGUGUUGCUUUCUACCUCGGUGUUGAUUGCUGUGUUCUUGUAUACGAUGUCAACUUGAUGAAAUCAUUUGACAACCUUAACAAUUGGAGAGAAGAGUUUCUUAUUCAGGCAAGCCCUUCGGAUCCAGAGAAUUUCCCAUUUGUUGUUUUGGGAAACAAAAUUGAUGUGGAUGGUGGAAACAGUAGAGUAGUGUCUGGAAAAAGGCUCGAGCAUGGUGUGCCUCAAAAGGAAAUAUCCCGUAUUUUGAGACAUCUGCCAAGGAGGGAGUUAAUGUGGAAGAAGCUUUCCAAUGCAUUGCAAAGAAUGCCCUAAAGAAUGGGAAGAGGA